GCAGGCCCUAAGGUCUCCGCCCCCAGUCUCUCUGGGCACGACCCGCCAGCCCUCCCACUUCCGCGAGGGGGCAGGGGCGGGGUCACGAAAUAGGCCCUUUGCCCGGGGGCGGGGCUUUUCCUAAGGGGCAAAGCCAAGAGAUGGGAGAUGGCGCCGGUGCUGCCCGUGGUGCUGCCCCUCCAGCCCCGCAUCCGUCUGGCACAGGGGCUCUGGCUCCUCUCCUGGCUGCUGGCACUGGUCGGUGGCCUCACCCUCUUCUGUAGCGGGCACCUCCUGGUCCAGCUGCGGCACCUUGGCACAUUCUUGGCUCCCUCCUGCCCGUUCGCUACCCUGCCCCAGGUUGCCCUGGCAGCCAGUGCAGUGGCUCUGGGCACAGGACUGGUGGGUUCAGGAGCCAGCAGGGCCAGUCUAGAUGCAGCUCAGUACCCUCCCUGGCGUGGGGUCCUGGGCCCACUGCUGGUGGCUGGCACAGCUGGUGGCGGGGGUCUCCUGGUCCUUGCCCUGGGGCUAGCCCUGGUUUUACCUGGAACUCUGGACACAGGACUGGAGGAGGGCCUGGGUACUGCCUUGGCCCACUACAAGGACACAGAGGUGCCCGGACGCUGUCAAGCCAAACGGCUGUUGGAUGAGCUGCAGAUAAAGCACCAGUGCUGCGGGCGCCAUGGAUACAAGGAUUGGUUUGGGAUCCAGUGGGUCAGCAGCCGUUACCUGGACCCCAAUGACCAAGACGUGGUUGACCGGAUCCAGAGCAAUGUGGAAGGCCUAUAUCUGAUUGAUGGGGUCCCUUUCUCCUGCUGCAACCCCCACUCACCCAGGCCUUGCCUGCAAAGCCAGCUCUCAGACCCCCACGCCCACCCUCUCUAUGAUCCCCGACAACCCAACCUAAACCUCUGGGCCCAAGGAUGCCAUGGGGUGCUGCUGGGGUACCUGCAGGGGCUGGCAAGCACACUGGGCAACCUGUUGGCUGUUACCUUCCUGCUGCAGGCUUUGGUGCUCCUGGGCCUGCGGUACCUCCAGACGGCACUGGAGGGCCUUGGAGGAGUCAUUGAUGGGGAGGGAGAGGCUCAGGGCUAUCUCUUUCCCGGUGGGCUGAAAGACAUGCUGAAAACAGUAUGGCUACAGGGUGGGGUGGCCCACCGGCCAGCACCUGAGGAGGCCCCACCAGAAGAGGCACCUCCCAAGGAGGGUCCAUCUGAGGUCUAGUGGCCUGGAGCUUGGGGUGGGGAUGAGGAGUAGGGGGAAGGGGAGGGAUGGACAAUUCUGGAAACCUCACACCUCCCUACCAGGCUCCAGGUUAGGGAGGGGGGAAUCUCUGGGAUUAGAAGGGUUAAGGAUAGUCACUGAGCCAGACUUGGGUAGGGGAGAAAACAAGGUAUCCUAGGGCCUAACCCAUGGCCAAAACCACCAGGGAACAGAAAAAACAAAAACCAAAAAACAGGGUGGUAAGAAAGUAAUACGGGACGGACUGGAGACUGCUCUGGUGCACAGACUUAAUAAAGCUUUUGGACUGAA